CUCCCCCCACUUUCCCUCCAAGCUCGUCUUCGAUCGCUAUCCCAUACCAGAUCGCCAUGUCUGGUCGCAAUAUCUCAUACGGUCGCGGCGGAGCUGGCAACAUCUCCCGCCAGCAGUCCGCCACCACGCCGAGGGAUCUCGUCACUCCAACAAUCAAGCAAGAAGUCUAUACCACCGGUCGCGGAGGCUCAGGGAACAUGGUUCAGAAUGAUCCCGAGCGACCUGAGAUUGCUCGUGAAAGUCAGGACGUGGAAUCCCCACCGCUGCGGGCGCAGCAGAUCCCCCACCAUACUGGCCGAGGAGGUGUCGCCAAUGCCUAUAUCCCUACUGCCGAGGAGGAGGAGCGAGCUCGUCUGCAGGAGGCUGAGCUUGUGCGGGUGCGCACACAAGACAGGGACCGUAUCAAGGAGGUGGAACACGAGCGACAGGAAUUGCGGCAUCAGGAACCCUCGACCUAGUCAGUUCUGCGAUAGACGCGAUAGAUUCUCCGGUAGUGUCUUUCCAGUCGGUACUCGGGUUAUUCUGCGCUCAACACAGCAUUUGUCACUUGGGAAAAGUGCAAGGAAGAAACUGCCAGAAGUGCUGCAGGCAGUACUUAAUGCGGGGUUGCGCUAGGGCGAAUCUCUUAUCUUUGGUAUUAAUAUGCGUGUUUUUUUCUUUUCGUUUUUUUCCCCCUUAUCUUUACCCAACUCCUAUCUGCGGGUACCACUUUGUCCGCUGGGAUUGGUUUCGGCGCUUGGUGUCAUGUUGGCUUCCGAAGGCUUGUUU